CAAACAGUUCGAGAAACAGCGCAUGAUUUCCAAACAUGAAAUUAGCCAUCUUGCUAUCGCUUGCUGUAGCGACAGCUUUCGCAGCAGAGGAAUCGUGUGUUGGACGUUGUAAGGAAGGCUUCAACUCCCAAAAGAAGUGUCAAUGUGACACCUUGUGCAAGUAUUACCAAAGCUGUUGUAAUGACUUCGACACCAUAUGUCAAACUAAAAUUACCCGUGGAGAUGUGUUUGACCUUUCUGAGGAAGAACCCUUGGCUGAGGUGAAUACGACAGGCAGCCUAACCAUAAACCCCUACACCACCACUCAUGCCCUGCCUCCAAACACUGAGGCAGUUACCUGCAGUGGACAGUCUUUCGAUGCUUUCCUGCAGCUGAAGAAUGAGUCCAUUUAUGCCUUCAGAGGUGAAUACACGUUUGAGCUGGACGAGAAGACUGUGAUGCCAGGAUCACCUAAACUCAUCAAGGAUGUGUGGGGUAUUUCUGGCCCCAUUGAUGCGGCCUUCACUCGACUCAAUUGUGAGGGAAAGACUUACUUAUUCAAGGGUAACCAGUACUGGCGUUUUAAUGACAAUGUCCUGGAUGAGGAUUACCCCAGAAACAUCUCUGUGGGUUUUGAGGGGAUUCCAAAUAAUAUUGAUGCUGCAUUUGCUCUCCCUGCUCCAAGCCACCUUGGGAAGGAGAAAGUGUAUUUCUUUAAAGAUGACAAAUACUACUACUAUGAAUUCAAGCAUCAGCCAUCACAUGCAGAGUGUUUCGGCAUGACCAAGUCCUCACCCUCCGUCCUUUUUACGAGCUACACUAAUCUCUAUUGUGAUUGUGAUUGGGCCGACCUGUUUGCUUUGAUCUUCCAAGGCUUAGAGGGAUCUCACAAAGGCCCCCGAUCCAUCGCCAGGGACUGGGUGGGCAUCACACCACCAAUAGAUGCUGCUAUGGUUGGCAGGCUGUAUGUGAGCCCUGGGCCCUCCCAGCCAUGGGCCCCCACUGCAGGCCCAGUAGGAGGGGGCCACAGCAGGAGCCGGCCAGGCCGCAGAAAGAAGGGCAGGGGCCAAGGGGGCAGAGGCAGUCCCUCACGCUUUUGGGAAGACUUCGGCUUGGAUUAUGAAGAGAGGUAUUUUGGAGCAGAAAGACAAGAUAAAGAUCUAAAGAAAAAGCGUGGCAGAUGCCCCUCUCUCUUUGACUGCAUGGACAACACUGACGUUGAGAUACAGGACAAGGCCGUGCCAGUGCAGAAAGUCUACUUCUUCAAGAAUGAUAAGUACUACAGAGUGGAUCUGCAGACCAGACGGGUCGAUUAUGCAAAGCCAUCUUUCCCAAGAUCCAUUGGCAAGUACUGGCUGGGAUGUAAAGAAAAGGACUUGGCAGAGAAAAAAUGAGAAAGAUAGUCUAAUUGAACUGGAAGCUGAAAACAAUAAACAUUAUGCACCAUACAUAGUUAUUGAGCACUA